UCGCUUUCAUCGAAUCCUCUCUUCCAAGUCCGCACCAAACAAACUCCAUCUCGUCGCCUCGCACCCCACCGCGUCCGUCCCCACUCCACCAACCGCCGCCGCCGGUCGCGCGCCCUCCAGGCCGCAACCAUGCACGGCCGCCGCCACCUUGCGGCCUCCCUGGCCCGAGCUCUUACCCGGGCCCCCUACCGCUCCAUCUCCUCCACCCCGUCCCUCCUCCAAACCCUCGACUCGUCCGCGCCGUCGCCUCCCGCCGCGGGAGCCCCUCCCUCGGCGGGGCGGCUCGCGGAGCUGCGGCGGAGGCUGCAGGCGGACGCGCCGUCGCUGGGGGACUUCGCGUACUCGGUGGAGGUGGGCACGCGGCAGCGCCCGCUGCCCAAGCCCAAGUGGAUGAAGGAGACGGUGCCUGGCGGCGCCAAGUACGCGGCCAUCAAGGCCAAGCUGCGGGAGCUGAAGCUUCACACCGUCUGCGAGGAGGCGAGAUGCCCCAACCUUGGGGAGUGCUGGUCCGGCGGCGAGACCGGCACGGCCACUGCCACCAUCAUGAUCCUAGGGGACACCUGCACGCGCGGCUGCAGAUUUUGUAACGUCAAGACAUCUCGCACUCCCCCUCCACCAGAUCCUGAUGAACCUUCCAAUGUCGCUCAAGCUAUUGCCUCAUGGGGCCUUGAAUAUAUAGUCAUCACAAGUGUUGACCGGGACGAUUUACCUGAUCAGGGGAGUGGUCACUUUGCUGAAACAGUGCAGAAGCUAAAGGCUUUGAAGCCAGAAAUGCUUAUUGAAGCACUUGUACCUGAUUUUCGUGGAGAUCCAAGCUGUGUAGAGAAGGUUGCAACAUCUGGGUUGCAUGUUUUUGCACACAACAUUGAAACGGUGGAAGAGCUGCAAAGAAGUGUCCGAGACUAUCGUGCAAAUUUUAAACAAUCUAUAGAUGUUUUGAAAAUGGCAAAAGAGUAUGCUCCUCCUGGUACCCUUACAAAGACAUCAAUAAUGUUGGGCUGUGGAGAGACUCCGGAUCAGGUUAUUAGCACCAUGGAAAAAGUGCGGGCUGCUGACGUUGAUGUUAUAACAUUUGGUCAGUACAUGAGGCCAUCAAAACGUCAUAUGCCUGUUUCUGAGUAUGUUACACCUGAAGCUUUUGAGAAGUAUCAGGCCCUUGGUGUUGAAAUGGGAUUCCGUUAUGUUGCAUCUGGGCCAAUGGUUCGAUCUUCCUACAAAGCUGGUGAAUUCUACAUCAAAGCUAUGAUCGAAGCUGAUCGGGCAAAAACAUCCACUGCAGACUCUCAAGUUCGUAAUUGACAGUUCCUCUCCAUCCCAUGACAUUGCUAUGCUGCAAAUAAGCUCCUCGCUGUUUCCUAGUCGGAAGAACAUGUUGAUUUCUGUCACCAUUGCAACCACAUUCAUUUUUAUUAGAGAAUAAUUCCUGCCGGGUCCUCUGUGCCAUUUCCGCAUUUUCUCAUGCUCCCUCGCUAGUUGAAUACUCCAUGCUUGAGCUGGUCCUUUUUUUUAUGCGAUCAAAAUCCAUUGUUGUAACAGUAGGCCAUCACCUCCUGUGUAUUUUGCUUGUAUAGAAUGUGAAGAAAGGCUUGGACCUGUUGUGUCA